UGCGCACAGUGUCUGCACAAUUGUUUAUAGUGGGAGGUUUAGACUGUUUCCUCAGGAAAUAGCAUCAUCUGUGGCAGAAUACACAAGACCUGGCAGACCGUCUGGGGAUCUCAGACCAAGGAGGAACAUGAACUAUCCAUACUUAAAUACCGGCAGCAGAUAGCAUUACCCUGAGAAGCUGGACUACAAAGCGCAUCAAGGUUUUAGAGUUUAAGAAAGACCUCCAAGCCAGAAUGCCCUUUCUGAAGAAGCUGCCAGGGCGGUCAAAGGGUUGCCACAACAAAGGGGAGCUAACCAUGCCAAGCUGCAAUCUAAAUCCAUUUGAGGAAGUGGACCAGCAGUGCCAAUACUUUCCAGAGGAAGCUUUGGCGUUAGAGAGGUCCCAGCAACAUUGUUCCUUCGACAGCGAGGCAGAGGAGAAUGGAACCAAUCAAAGAGGUUCUAGGAGCAGUCAGCCUCUCAGGGGAACCUUAGUCAAAUUAUACAGCUCCUCACCUCUGAAGACACUGGGAAAACUGGGAAAGGAGCUGCGUAAUACAGCUCGCAGCAAGUGGGGAAGCAAUGCACCUUCCCAACGCAGCUCAACUCUACCAUCUGAGAAGAGGAGAAAUAGUCGGAGGAGUUCAGAAGAGAUAAUGACCUUACUGCGCUACAGUUUGGCAAGCCUACGCAAAGAGUCCACCUGCCGAGAGAGCCUCUAUGGUGGAGACUAUAAUCUUGAGACAGAUGAUGAUGCCCGCAGACGCCCAUCCUUCCUGCGCAUAGUUAGUCUUGGCAAGCUUCGGAGGGAGUCAAUGGUGGACCGCAUUUCCCAGGAGGCCGAGGAAGAGACGGUGGAGGAGCCACCAGAGGUCAAACCGAAAGAACCUCUCUCCGUCUUAGAGAUCCUGCGGCUUGUCAAUCAAAGGAGUCUACUGCUAGCUGAUACCCACAUUCAGGAGCUUGAGCGUGAGUGUGAACUCGAUCACCAUCCACCCAACAUGGCACCAUCAACCUCACGUAGGUCCAGUGCAAUGUCCACAGGAAACCCUCCUGAGACAAUGCCCACCUCCUGUGUCUGGGAUGCGGGCCGGCGCAAGGCUAAAGACGUGGAGCUUCUUUACGAGGCCCUGCUGCAGGAGAUGUGGGACGUGGUGCGGGAGUCGCUCCGGCAGCCCUGCGCUGGCCCGCAGCUGGGCCUGGUGGUGCUGGUCAUCCAGCAAGAGGAGGCGGCCGACUCCGCCCGGGCCCAGAGGGAAAAGACCCGAUCUCUUCCCAGCAACAACGAUGAGGGCAUCCACGAGGGGCUGUUGAUGUACCCCACCCCCAGUGACUCCCCCCAACCCUCCUGCCGGCCUCGCAGUCUCAUGAAACGCUGGGAGGAGGCUGUGGGAGAGGCUGCAGACUGGUCGCUGCCACAGCCAGGGGGCAUCUCAGCCGGCCAGUUGGCCUCGUUCCUGGAGCGCCUGAGUGGACGUGUGCUGGAGGACCUGGACGCAGCGUGUCGGAAUGUGGUGGCCAUUUACCCAGAGGACUUCAGGGCUUUUCAAGUGUAUGUGCACAGCUACCACAGGGCUGUGGCUCAACGCCUCAAGACAGUUACAAGUGGCCCACUCCAGAUAACGGACACGUAUGCACUGCUGGACUGGAUCUACAAUAUCUACAGCAGGGAUGUUCUCGGACCAGUUAGCAAUAUGGCAACCCUUGACUGUACCCAGCUGGAGCCACUAUUACCACCAAAGUGUAUUGACAGACUGGAACAGGACUGCAUCAAUACUGUUAAGGACAAUGUAAGCAUAGAACUCUCACAAGUACUAGAAGAUGAGGAGAGGAGAUGGGCCCAAUCCAUGCACAUUGAAGAGUACCAGUCCAACCUCGCACGUUCUGUUAUACAGCGAUUGAAAGUAGACAUCGACAGAUCAACAGCUAUUAAUGAACAGCUUGGAGCUCGAGUAGCUCGCUGCACUCUUAGUGGCCUGGCAGACUUCCUGCAGAGUUUUAAAAGAAAGGUUGAGCUGUUCCAUGAGACACAGGCUGAUUUUGGGGACAAAGGGGAUGGUUAUAUCUCCAAGACAAUCGCUCUUGUCAAUUGCAUACCUCCCUUCAGGAACUUUGUUGAGCGUUGCCGGCAGUGUGAUUCCCUGGGGAGUACAGACUCUUUGGAACAUGCUCACUCCUCUCUUGAGACCAUUGUCAACCAGUCAACCAAAGUUCUUACCGACAAACUGUUCGAUAACAUCAGGCCCUUCUUUGACAAGCUGGUAAAGCGAAAAUGGCUGAAUAACACUGAGGCAUAUGAAAACAUUGAGAUUACCAUCAAACAACACUUUAAGAAGUUCCGUAGAAUGGACUGUCCUCCAUAUCAAGUCCUAGUGAAUGAGGUACAUAGGCGUGUCUUGAUUGAGUAUGUCCGUGCAAUCAUGAGAGGCCGCAUAAUCUGCACAUCGCUCAAAAUGAGGAAAAGGGUGGCUUACAGACUUCAGGACGAGGCCAAGCAAAUAAAAGCACUUUUCAAAGACCUGGAAUCUGAUUGCUCAUGGCUUGACAGUGUCAUUGCACAUUUGGCGGAUAUUAUUCUUCUUGAGGACAUUCCGUCAAUACAAAUGGAAGUUGGAGUACUGGUGAAGGAGUUUCCAGAUAUACGGAGGAGGCACAUCUCGACCGUACUAAACAUGAGGGGGAUGAUGCAACAGACGCAGCGGCAGGUGAUCCUGGGAAUAGUUUGCGACCUGGAGAACAGCGAGAGCCCGAUGCAUGUGCCUCGGGACCACACCCUUUUCUCUGAGAUCCCGGUGACCAGCGAGGUGUCCUGUCUCGGACUGGUGGUGAUUCGCAUGGCACUGACUGUAUCUUCAUGGGUGUCAACGAUGUGGCCCCACCAUAGACACAGAUAUCGUCAUCGACAUGGUCACACAUAAGCAUCCCUUUAGCUGCCUAUUAUGGUGCAGUAUUUUUUGUGGGAGUUCUAUUGAGGAGACAAUAUGGUUAUCUCAGUAUUACAUAGGAUGAUAGAUGCAAUGUGUUUGUAAAACAAGCCAAAUAAUUGUACAAAAGCUGAAGACUAAGGGCUAAGUUAAAAAUGAAGAUGAAAUAUAUUUCUUUAUAGUUCUUCUAAGUCAAAAGUGAUUACAUAGUCUUCCUGUCAUAAACCUAUAUUUGCACACAUGCAUACUUUGCAAUACUGUAUAUUUAUGUUAUAUUACUUUGGGUUAGUAAAGUAUUUCCUUUUUUUUCAUACGAUGGGCAUUGUCUGUUUUACAAUUCAAAGAAUGAUGAACUGCUGGGGCAAAUUCAAGUUAAGGUUGCAAGUUCAGUUAAUGACAAUUCCAUCAGUUUUGUAAUUUUGUUUCAAUUUGUAAGUAAAAAAAUAAAAAAUAAUGUUUUGGAAA